CCGAAUUUGGCCGUGAGAUGGCCUGUGUUUGGUCGUGAAGCCAGUCGAAUAUCUGGCAACCCUUCCGUGUGGUAGGCCGCGUAGCGUAGACUUUGUUUUGUGUUGACAUUCAGAAGCAAAAAUGAGCUCAGAUAAUACUGUUGAUGGCCUUCUGAUGACAUUAGUUGGCAUGGGCUUUGAUCUGGAUCGCAGUCAGGAAGCUGUGCAAGCUGGCAAAUAUAAUCUCCAAGAUGCAAUUGAAUGGCUUCUUCAGUGCAAUAAUACAAAUGUCAUCCCAACAAUCUCAACUCCAACUCUAAACCUUCGACAAGACAGACAGGCACCAGUAUCCCAAACACAGAAUAUUUCAAUGCAAGUAGAUAGUGGCUUUAAUGUUAGCCCAGCUUCAUCAGAAUCAAAGGUUGUAGAAGCUGAGGCAAAACCUACACAAACAUUGUCCAGUAGGUAUGCAUUGAAUGAGGAACAACUUGCAGAUAAGGACAGAUGGGAACAGGAACAACGAGAUCAGGUAGCAAGGGAGGCCAAAGAAAAACGAUUGAUGAAGAAAAAGGAAAGGCAACAAAUUUUGCAAGAGAUUGAAGCAGAUAAGAAAGCCAGGAUGAAGAAAAUAGCAGCAACUAGUGGUAGUAGUAGUAGCACCACUCAAGAAGUGCUUAAAGGAAGUGAUGUCACAUUGAAUGAAGGAUUCAAUAAAGAACAACUAAAAGAAAAAACAGAGAAGAAAGAAUUAAUGUGUACACUACAGAUUCGUUUACCAUCAGGACAAGCUCUUCGUCAUGAGUUUGAAGCUUCCUGUCAUCUUCAGUCGGUUGUUGAGUUUGUUAAAGAACAAGAACCAGCACUACAAGAAAUAGAAUUAUUACAGACAUUUCCUAGACAUGUGUAUACUUGUGAAGACAUGACUCAUUCUCUAUCAGAACUAAAACUCACACCAAGAGGUGUGUUGGUAGCUAGGAAAUCAGAAGGCCCACCAAGUAAAGUUCAUAGACCAGAAGCUGAGGGAAGCAGUGCAACAACAUCAUCACCAGCAACAACACCAUCAGUAUCUUCAUCAGUAUCAACGUCAACAACAUCAUCGUCUGUCCACAAUCUUAGUGGAGUAGAUGUUGCAGGGCGCUUAAAUCGUCAGAUGCAGUUGAUAGCUGACCAGCGUCCACCCCCAAGAGGGCACAACUGGGGAGCUGGACACAGUUUACAGCAACCAGACCAAGAGCAACCAGAGCCUCUGGCCCCAGGCAAUGUUGAAAUUGCUGUUGAUGAAGAAAUGCCAGCAGACAAUGAUAUUAAUGAAUUAAUUGCCGGUUGGGGCCAAGCCCAAGGCCAGGUUGGACAUCAGCACCCUUGGGGAGGUGGUAACAGGCUCGAUGCUGGACCUUUAAACUUUGUUUACGGUUUCCAAGAAGGAGGGCGUGGAAGACAGGAAGGUGUUGAAGAGGUUUCAAAUCAAAAAGCAGCUGAAGCUGCUCUAAAAAGAAUAGAAUUAGCCCAUCAACAGCCACGGGACCAUCCAACAACAUCAAUGAGGGCAGCAAACAUACCAUCACUUGUUGACAUAACCACAAAAGCUGUUGCAAAGAAGCUAGGAGAUCCUAGCCAGUCACCAGCCUCACUGGGUGGAGUACCUCAACAACUAGCAGUAAGGAUCAUUGAUGAGAUGAAGAAGGAAGGAACACUACGGCCUAGAACUAUGCAUAUAUUUCUCUCAUGUCACCUGACUCACUGUGUUUUAGAUUGUUACAGCUAUGCCACCAAUGAGCUGUUACAUGCUCUACGUUUCCAUAACAACAUUCAUCACCUGAGUUUAUGUUCCUGCAGUCUCAUUAGUGAUGCUGGGCUCACAAUACUUCUUCCAGGUUUGAAAAAAUUGAAGACUCUGAAGUUAAAUUUAAAUCCACAAAUCACAGAUAAGGUGCUUGAAUAUAUUACAGAUUUGAAGCAAUUAACAGCAAUAGGCUUAGAAGGUGCCAACAUCACAGAUAGAGGAGUUGAGAACCUUGCUUGUCUCUCAUCCAGUCUUACUCAUGUGAAUCUAAGUAAGACUCGAAUAACAGAUGCUUCAAUAUCAAUUCUAGCAAAUUUAAGCCAACUAAGAUACCUCGCAAUAGAACAAACACAGGUCACAAAUCUUCUGCCAUUGCAGUGUCUGUCAAAUCUGGAGUCUUUGAAUAUUGGGUUCACAUGUGCAGGGUCAGACAGCUUGGUAGGCUUGCAGAAGCUACCAAACCUAAAAGGACUCAAUCUCAGCUGUAUCCAUAGCAUGGAGGGUGAUGCAGCUUUAGCUUGUCUAACAGGUAUGCAAUUAAGGCACAUUCAACUUCCAAGUAGGCACACAACAACAGACUCUGGAUUACAGUGCAUUGCAGGGAUGGCACUGGUGGAGCUUGAUCUGUCAGAUUACAUCAACAUCACGGAUGAUGGCAUCCACCACCUAGCAGACAUGACAAGUUUGAGGAAAUUGUCUCUAAGUAAUACAAAAACUACAGAUGUUGGCUUGGCCUAUUUGCAAGGCCUAACAGAGCUUCAAGGGCUGACCCUUGAUAGGACCAAUGUUACUGAUAAGGGUGUGGUUCUACUUGGCUGUCUCACUAAGCUCUCAAUGCUAAGUCUCUCAUCCACUCUCAUCACUAGUAAAGUGCUCAAGUCAGGGGCGUUGAAUCGGUGCCAUAUGCUCAACAAGCUGAACUUAAGCAGGUCAAAAGUCUCAAAUUCUGGCUUAGCCCACUUGAAGUUACCAAACUUAACGUUACUGAAUCUCGACUACACUUUUGUGACCCUGUCUGCCGCCAACAGUAUCAAGCAUUGUCCAAAUUUGAAAGUAGUGCGGGCUAACAAUCUUAGAGUAAGACCAAUUGAUGAAGCAUCUGAUUCAGACUGACAAUGCAGGCAAGUGUAUGUACUGGCAAAAAAAUCUUCACAUCAGUAUUCCAUCAAGAGUAAUGUCUGAUUAUUAUUGUAAUGUCAUUAUUGUCAGCAUGUACAAAUACAUUCAUCUGGUUUAAUGUAUUAGACAAUAAUUUAGUAUCAUCCAAACACAAUGACAUUGACUUGGGGAAGCUUUUUUCAUUAUCAGCAGAGCCUGAAAAUAUAAUGAUUACAUUUUGUACAUAAAAGAUGGUUUUUCUUUUAUUUCUUUUAAAUAUUGAAAAUUCUGCUAGACGAAGAAACUAAUUUAAGGAAUGGUGCUUUUUAAUCACAACAUUAUAUUGUAGAUAAUAAAUUCAUGUAGAUGCAACAAAAAUUGUAAUACUAAUAGAUGAAUAAUAGUAAUUAAAAGAUGUAAACCCUAGGAAGGAUACAUGUGACAGUAUUAUAUGCUUCCCUCUGGGUAUUUUUUAAAUUUUAUUCAAUUAUUUUCUUUAUUUUAUUGUAAUAAUAAUACAGCUUAUAAUUAUUAAAGUAUUCUUCCUUAUUGCGAAGUCCAGUACAAAAAUAUAUAUAAAUAUAUUAAAUAGCACAUAUCACAAAAACACAAUUUUAACUACUGUACAUACACUUACAGCAGACAUUAAUUUCUUAAAACCUUAGAUAUCAAAAUAACUAACAGGGUUAAAACCGAUAGAGGAAAUACAAUUUGAAAUUCAUGGUUCUGUGUUUUUUGUUUUUUUGCAUUAAUGGUCUACAACGCAUUCCUUGUUCCUCAAUGUUUUUAAUUUUUUACUGCAGCACAUUUUCAAUCAUAUAUAAUACUGUAUAUAUUUCUUCAAAGAUGAGCUAAUACACGUGGGAAAUAACCAGCUAAAUUUCAGCUACUACAGAUAUUAUAAUUAUUAUUAUUGAUAAUAAGUUGUACGACUCCGAUUUAGGAGGGUUGUUGGAAAGAAUUAUAGUUUUAUUUUGAAUUGAUUACCAUACUAUUAUUGUACAUAAUGAUACUGGUGUAGAUGAUGCUGAGUUCCUGUCUCUUGUACACAGUAUGUUAGAUAUACGACACACUUGAGGAUUUCAAUAAAUCUUACUGGAAUAAACUUGAAUACUUCACAA